AUGGAUAACUCCGUCAACCAAGAACUCAAUGAGAGCGGCGAACGCGACCAUGAUUAUUACUGCCUUCAAGAUGAUGAUGAUGAUGACGAAUCUCAGUAUAUAUAUGUCAUGAAUGCUAUCCUGAGUGGGACUGCACGUCUCAAUGUUCUCUUACCCACAGCUACCAUUCUUGCCUUCACCAUACUUGCUCCUCUCCUAACCAAUGAUGGCAAAUGCACCAGUUUCAGCUGCUGGUCGACGGGUUACUUCAUCACUUUUCUGGCUGCCUCUUGCAUAUUUUUCACAAUCACCGAUAGCUUCCGAACAGCCACAGGAAGGUUGUACUAUGGGGUGGCCACAUUCAGAGGGAUAUGGACUUUCAAUGGAGGCAGGAAGAAACCACUUGUGCCAUCUGAUUAUAGGCUGAGAUGGGCUGAUCUCUUCCAUGCUUCACUUUCAUUGGUUGCAUUUCUUACUUUUGCAGGAUCACAGAGUGAUGUUGUGGCAUGCUAUUAUCCAGCAUUGCCCAGGAAGAUCACCAACAGUGUUCCUUUAAUUGUUGGGUUUGUGAUUAGUGUUUUGUUUGUGGUAUUCCCUUCCAGGAGAAGGGGAAUUGGAUACCCUUUGUUGCUGCAAAGAAAGGCUUUGUAUAGUAGACGGUAA